AUGGCGAGAGUCUCUGCAUUUGCUCUGCCUGGCCAACAGCUUACGGGCGCACCUACAAAGCUUCAGUCUGGUGAUGGCACCUAUACACGGGGCGGUCAAGUCAUUUCCGCCCUCGCGGGACCCGUCCGACAUGAUAGCAAGACUGUGUCUGUUGGCAGAGAAGCUCAAGCAACACUGCUUCCGGAGGUUGGACAGAUUGUCAUCGGUACUGUCACUCGCAUAGCUCGCGCCCAGGCGACGCUGGCCAUUCAGGUCGUCGGAUCUCGCUUGACGGUGCGAGACAUUCAAGGUGUCAUCAGACCGCAAGAUGUGCGGCUCCUCGCUAAGGACACGCUAAAGAUCUGGCACUCUUUCCGGCCAGGCGAUCUUGUUCGCGCACAAGUGGUUUCGCCUGGCGAUGCGAGGUCAUAUUAUCUCUCUACGGCAAGAAAUGACUUAGGCGUCAUCUCUGCUUCUGCUGAAGACACAGGCGAGCCUCUGGUAGCUAUCAGCUGGGAAGAGAUGCAGGAUCCAACGACAGGCAAGACAGAGCUCCGAAAGGUUGCUGGGCCCGCAGCCAAGACGGACUGA